AUGCCUAAAAAAGUCGUUCGGAAUUUAAGCGAUACCGAACUCAAUGGCAAAAAGAAAAAACAAUUGAGAGGAGCGUCCGGUAGUGAUUCGGAAUUAGAUAAAAUAAGUAGAAAAAUAAACGAGGAUGGAAAAAAAAGGACUUCGAUAAUAGAAAAAUUCAAAACGAAUUUUGGUAAUGGCAACAUGUCGAACGGCGAUGACAUUGACACCACGCAAAUACAGAAAGACAAAUCCAAACAAACAAAGAAAGAAAAUGAAAAAAUGUCUCCGGAGGAUGGUCGUUGUAGAAUAGAAUCAUCAUCGGAUGAUAAUAAAUUAACGUCGAAAACGAUAAAUUUUGACAAAAAUUUGAUUUCGAUACACGGAACGAACGGUUUCAACAAUAAUAAUAAUAAUAAUAACGAAUUGAGAAAUGACGUCAAAAUCUCCGAUGAAAAUCACAUAAAUAAUAAUAAUAAUAGUAAAGGAAGUGAAAAAUACGAGAGUGGUAGUGGUAGUGGUAGUGGUAGAGUAGCGUCGUCAUCAUCUCCACGUCGUGGGGAUUCAGAAGAUUUGAUGAAAAAGAAAAAUGUCGUUAAUACUCUUCUUCAAAGUUCACAUUGGGGCUACGGGAAUUCAAAUGUUAAAUCAUGGAACGGAACGCAAAGUUCACUCGAACGUGAAAUAAUGGAUGAAAAAUGUGAAAGUACAAAAAGGACUUAUAGUGAUCUCUAUAAUGAAGAUUUCGAUAGAGGAAAGUUGAAAAAAUUAAAAACUCACGACGACAGAGAUCGACCGCGUUAUAAUAAUUUAUUUCAAAAAAAACAACAAAAUUAUCAGGAAAAAAUGAUGAAUUAUUAUCAUUGGAGGGGAAACAAUAGAAAUCACAGACGAUACGGAAACGAUUUUCAAAACUCGUUCAAAAGACAACAUUUUAAAAUGCCGAGAUCGGGUCGGAAAAGUCUCGGAGUCACAAAAUAUUUUCCAAGUCUUCUCGGUAAUAAGAAAUCCGGUCCAAAGAAAAAUCAUUCUUCGGGAUGA